UAAUGCAACAAAGCAAAUACAUUUAAGCCAUACAUUAAUCUAUAUUAUUCCCCAAGCAGUUGACAUCUCAUCCAGUCGUGUGGUUAGAUCACUCAUCCCAACUGUGUGCUGCAAUGGAAAAACCCUCCCAUUUGUUUUCAAGUAUUUAGAGGAACAGGUUUCUCUGUCACCCUGGCAACGCUGGAGCCACAGGAUGGGGCGGAGCCAAAUCCCGGCAUCAUGGUUGUUGGCGUGUCACCUGGCUCCGCACCUAGCCCGCGGAGCGAAGCAGUGACUAAUGAGCUUCAGGAGCUGACUCUGCAGCCCGCCUCCAACGACAUGCCUGUGCGGGACAGGAAGAAUGUGCUCCAGCUCAAACUACAGCAGAGACGCACCCGGGAGGAGCUGGUCAGCCAAGGGAUCAUGCCACCACUGAAGAGUCCGGCGGCCUUCCACGAGCAGCGGAGGAGUCUGGAGAGAGCCAGGACUGAGGACUAUCUGAAGAGGAAGAUCAGGAGUCGUCCUGAGCGCUCAGAGCUGGUCAGGAUGCACAUACUGGAGGAGACAUCAGCGGAGCCGUCUCUGCAGGCCAAGCAGCUGCAGCUGAAGAGGGCCAGGCUGGCUGAUGACCUUAAUGAUAAGAUCUCCCACAGACCUGGUCCUAUAGAGCUCAUCCACAAGAACAUCCUGCCUGUAGACCUGGACUGUCCUCUGCAGCACUCACUACUGGAUUCUCCAAAGGCUGCAGGAGAAUCCUCAUUGGAUGAGGACAGCAGUGAUGCAUUUUCUCCGGAUACGCUAGCCAAUCACGACUCUCCACUGGGUCCUCUCUCCCAGCUGUCCCCCUCUGACAUGCUCACUCAGAACAGAGACAUGUCCCCCUCACAGUUCCUUACCCAGGUCCACCCUCCUCCUCCUCCUCCACUGUUGGUGAAUGGCCAAGACUCAUUGCCACCACAGAGGCUGACCAAUGGGACAGCGAUGUCGGUAGCUUCCCGCCCUGCUACUGGUCAGACCAAGUCGAAGCCCAGCUCGGAGCGGCCCCUCCUGAGGCCUAAGAAGGCCAAAGACAACAAGCCCAAGGUGAAGAAGCUCAAGUACCACCAGUACAUCCCUCCGGACCAGAAGGCUGACCGGGAGCCUCCCCCUCAGCUGGACUCCACCUACGCCAAGAUCCUCCACCAGCAGCAGCUUUUCCUCCAGCUGCAGAUCCUCCACCAGCAGCAGCAGCACUACAACUACCACACCAUUCUUCCUGCACCACCCAAACCACCUGCAGAGCAGCCACCUUCAACCAACCCCGGCCCCUCCCUUUUGCGCAGUGUUCCCCCGACGACCCCUGCCCCUUCCAAUCAGAAUGGGUCAAGUCGUCAGAGCCAAACCCCUGUGGGAGGGGCCAAACCGUUGACGCUACCAGCCAACCUGGAUGACUUCAAAGUUGCUGAGCUGAAACAGGAGCUGAAACUGCGGUGUCUGACCGUGUCUGGCACCAAGAUGGACCUGAUCGAGAGGCUGAGGAACUACCAGGAGCAGAACAGUGGAGGUCGAACUGGUGUUACUGCUACUGUAUCCCCUAAACCCAGCCUACCAACCCCAUCGCACGCCUCAACCCAACCUGCUGGCUCCACCAGUCCUGCCCCCCCCCAGGCCGGGACCAAUCCCCACACCCACCAAUCAGAAGAGGCAGCAGGGAAGAUACCUGCUUUCUCAUUGGCUCAGAGUGCCACUCCGGCCUGUAUUAUGAGGUUUGGCAGUACAAGCUCCUCCCCUCCAGUCUCCCCCACCCCGUCAGAAUGGUCGCUGGUGGUGAUGAGCCCCGACGAGACCAGCUGUAAUGGAGACGUGUUUGGCGAGAUGGUGAGCUCUCCCCUGACCCAGCUCAGCCUGCACCCCUCCCCAGCCUCCAUCAAAGAGGAGAACCAGGGUCACUUAUCCACCUGCAGCCUCUCCCAGUCCCGGCCUUCUCCCACCGCGCAUCAGCCUGCCGCCCCACCUCAGGAGCCCCUGGCUGGGGCAACCAUGGAGGCCUCCCCCUUGGACAAGGACCAGAUGCUUCAGGAGAAGGACAAGCAGAUUGAGGAGCUGACACGCAUGCUGAGGCAGAAACAGAGGCUGGUGGAGACCCUGCGCUCCCAACUGGAGCAGGGGAAACAUACUGGAGCAGUGAGAGAGAUGGAGGGAGUACAGGGCUUGGUGGUGAACGGUUAUGCCCAGGAGGCCCAAACCUCUACCAUCCUCCAUCCCUCUGUCACCAGGGUUAAGGAGGAGGUAGAGACAGAAGAAGGGCUGGAGGGAGUGGGCAAGGCUCAGCCGACACAGUGCUCUCAGCAGAGCCUGCUCAAACUGCAGCAGAUCCACCGGAUACAGGUUGAACAACAGACACAACCACAGACACAACCACAGACACAACAACAACCACAUACACAACUACUACAGACACAACAACAACAACAACAACAGACACAACUGCUACAGACACAACAACAACAACUACUACAUACACAACAACAGACACAACUGCCACAGACACAACAACAACAACAACUUCUACAGACACAACAACAACAACUUCUACAGACACAACAACAACAUCCACAGACACAACAACAGCAGUCCAAACAGCUCCAGCAACAUCAGACACAGCAGAUGCAGCAGCAGAAGACUUCGGCCCAGUUGUUACUCCAGCAGCAGCUGAUCAUCCAGCAGACCCAGCAGAAACAGCUCCAGCUGCAGGACAAACAGCUGCAGGACAAACAGGUGCAGGACAAACAGGUGCAGGACAAACAGCUGCAGGACAAACAGCUGCAGGACAAACAGCUGCAGGACAAACAGCUGCAGGACAAACAGCUGCAGGACAAACAGCUGCAGGACAAACAGGUGCAGGACAAACAGGUGCAGGACAAACAGGUGCAGGACAAACAGCUGCAGGACAAACAGCUGCAGGACAAACAGCUGCAGGACAAACAGCUGCAGGCCCAGCAGAGGAGGCAGCAGAGACAUGCCCAGAGACAGCUGCAGGACAAACAACCGAGGCAGACAGUCACCCCACAACAGGUCACUCCAGUCUUCAUCAGCCAACAGAAUGGCACCCAGGUCCCCGCCCAGACCUUCUCAUUGGACCUCCUCAAGUCGGGCGCCACGCCCACCCUGGUCACCGACGGCAAUGGCAACCACUACCUGAUAGCACUGACCAAUAACAGUGCAGAGGGCCAACACGGCGUGACCUCAUUGGGCAAAACCAGUGGAUCACAACGCAUCACACUGCAGCGAUUGCAGUCAACUCCAAGCAAGCUCCCCAGUCAAUUGCCAGCUGAGAUACUCAGCCCUGAUACCCAAUCAAAACAACAGUUACAACCAGGCCCCGUCAACCAGCCUAUCAAAAAGAAGGUGGGUCUACAUCUAGAGACCAAUGGCAUGACCAUUGGGGUGCCAGAGACAAGUCAGUCUGUCUCCGCCCCGCCCAAUCUCCAUCCUUUCUUUGACGAGGUGUCCAACUUGUCUGAAAGCCAAAGCACCCCUCCCCCCUCCCUCAAGAGAGAAGUGUGUCCGACUUUUGACCGGCACACUUUGUUCACCCCUCCCUCUCCAAAACAGACCUCUUUCUCCUCCACUCAACUCCCCAAAGAGAACGGGCUGAGCAGUCAACAGAUGGACGAUCUGUUUGACAUCCUCUUGAAGAGUGGAGAAAUCUCUGGAUUCCGAGCCAACCCAGACCCUUCCCUGGCCCAAAUCCACUCCAACCCCCCCCCCCCUCCCUCGUCCCCUCUCCACAUCUCGCCCCCCACCCCCCCUCCGGAGCCCUCCCUGCCCGCCUUGCCUUCCGAGCAGCCCUCGCCAUCGCCCUGCACAGGAAGUGAUCGUCUGGAGGACUUCCUGGAGAGCACCACGGGCACUGAUGGCGGCCUAACUUUGAUUGACGACCUCCACAGCCAAAUGUUGAGCACCUCCAGCAUCCUGGACCAUCCCCCCUCCCCGGUGGACAUGGACACCAGCGACCUGGGCUUCUCCCCCCACCCGGCAGGGCUUGACUUCGGGGACCCAGCCCUGGACAGCAUGGACUGGCUGGACAUCUCUAUGGGUGGUGGAGGAGGGGGGACGAGUCUCGCCCCUCUGGGCCCCCACACGCCUCCCAGUGUGUUCUCAGCAGACUUUCUGGACAGCUCGGACCUCACGCUGCACUGGGACUCUUGUUUGUAGCUCCUACGGUCCUAUGGAGUGAGUGCUAAAGGCUCACGCAUACUGUGUACAGGCUCUCUCUGUCUUACUCGCUAAGCAGGUCCACCACUCUGAAGGUUCACUGAGACGGGGAGCGCUGUCCUGCGUUCACUCUGCCCUCUCAUCAUGUUUGGACAGGCUAGAGAGCAAAACUGACUUUAGAUCAGAGGCAGUGUGUGAAAGGGAAUACUCUGGAGUUUGGUCACGCUCUGACACACCCUUCUGGUGACAAAGGGUAACACGUGAAAGGCAGCCCCAAUGUGUCAGUGGUGCCUCUGACUUUGCACUUAUGCUGAGACUGUUGAUUGAUGAAAAGCUGUAAUGAACAAAUCUCAUUGGUGCAAACCAGGGGUGCGUUCAGUACGAAAUAAUGAUGUUAGGUUUUCUCCUUCAAAUCAUUUAUCUCAAUGGAAACUGUACUGAACGGCCAGUUGAAGAACGGUGUGAUUAUGGUGGCCCAGAGGGAGAUUGUAUAUGGUGUGUGCUACACAUGUUUUACGAUUUGAAAUGGUCACCCACCAAACGAGAGCAAACAGAAGUCAAAGGCUGUUGAAGAACGGUACACACGUGUCAUUCAGGACAAACCGUCACGCAACGGAGCAAACGUUGAAUUGAACUGAACAGACCUCUAUUGAUGAAAUUAACCUCAUUGGAGGAGGCAGUUACUGGAGGUGUUUGCUAGACCACUAUGCAUUUCUCUAUAUGGGGUGUAUAUUAUCGAUUAUCCAUAUUUUUCUUCCCAGUUGCUUAGAAUAGCAGGUAGGGAGUAAAGGGGUCUCAGCUUCCAAACAACUUGGACCUUGUCAUUUUAUAUGAAAAAAAUAUAUAAAAAUAAAAAUGCAAUAAACUUGAA